GCAUAGUAUAUAUGGUUAUUAGAUAAUUUCAGGGAUAUACUGAGUACAGGACGGGUAUCAGAGAGCGAGGAUGAUGAAGAAGAGAGAAGAGGAUCCAUUCCAUUCCUUUACAACCGGAGAGGAUCUAAGCUCCAGGAUAUAAUCAAAUAUAAUCAGGAGAAGAAGAAAAAGAAUAAGAGGUAUAAAGAUAAAGAAGGUUUUGUCUGGAGAAGAAUGUUACCUAAUGAUGAGUUUCCAGUAUCUCGAACUCCUCAACCCCAUCUACCGGACUCUUCAAGAACCAUCCUUCCUUCUUCCUCUCCACAGAUCAACUCCGAAGCCAGAUACAAACCUCAGAUGAAUAAGAUGUCCAGCAUUGACGUGGAGAAUCUAGAUUCUCUUGAACUUCCUGUCAAUGAUCACCGGACCCGGCCUCGGGACGGAUCUCUUCCUCCGGAGUCUGCUGUAAUCAGACUGCAGUCAUAAGACCAUGAUGAGAAGUUGUGAAUUAAUGAGAUGAAGAAUCUGGAAACCUGAGUAAAGUGAAAACAUUAAUCUGCAGAGCUUCAUCCAAACCUUGGCAUAUGUACAGGCAUAAACAGUUUAAAGCGGGUAAAAUGUCGUCUUUAUUGACUAAUAUAACGUCGCUGGAGAUUGUAUGAUUAGUGAUCAUCAAAACUUUGAAAAUGUGCACUUAACGUUUUCAGCGAUAUGUUAGUCGAUAACUCUUUAGAAUUCUAAAAUCCUUUAAUAUGAAGAAGAAAAAAACGACAUUUUAUUCCUCUUAAUGCUUACUGUCUCUAGCUGUUUAUCAAAUACGAGAUGAGUUUAUUGAUUUAAUUACAGUGAUCGAAGAGAAAGACUGACUGUUACGGGAAACGCAGGGUAUCCACUAACCAGUGUAUUCCGUCUCAAAUCUUAAAAAUCGAUCUCUGCGCCGAAACGUCUAAUCUUAGAAAUGCCACCUAUCCUAUGUUACCCAAUGGGAAAAGAAAAUGGAAAUUUGUGUUACAAAUCUUUACAUGUUACGAGUUGUAACACUCACAUAUUCUGACGUUCUGCUGUGUAUAUAAGAUGUGUAUAGCCACUAGCCAACCUAUCAAUGCAUAAUUUCAAUUGAAAGCUAAUGACAAUUGAUCUUCUGGAACUAUAAUGAAACAAUUUGUUUAGUUACUUGAUAAUGUUUUGACAGCAUGUACCCUAAAUAUGUCCCAAUAAACACAGGACGACGCAAAAAUCA